AUGUCGGCGCCGUCUGAGGAGGAGGAGUACGCGCGGCUGGUGAUGGAGGCGCAGCCCGAGUGGCUGCGCGCCGAGGUGAAGCGGCUGUCGCACGAGCUGGCCGAGACCACGCGCGAGAAGAUCCAGGCGGCGGAGUACGGGCUGGCGGUGCUCGAGGAGAAACACCAGCUCAAGCUGCAGUUCGAGGAGCUGGAGGUGGAUUACGAGGCCAUCCGCGGCGAGAUGGAGCAGCUCAAGGAGGCAUUUGGACAGGUGCACACAAACCACAGGAAGGUGGCCGCGGAUGGUGAGAGCCGGGAGGAGAGUCUGAUCCAGGAGUCGGCCUCCAAGGAGCAAUACUACGAGCGCAAGGUGCUGGAGCUGCAGACAGAGCUGAAGCAGCUGCGCAACGUGCUCGCCAACGCUCAGUCGGAGGGCGAGCGCCUGGCCUCGGUGGCACAGGAGCUGAAGGAGAUCAAUCAGAACGUGGAGCUUCAGCGGGGCCGCCUGCGGGAUGACAUCAAGGAAUACAAGUUCCGGGAGGCCCGCCUGCUGCAGGACUAUUCGGAGCUGGAGGAGGAGAACAUCAGCCUGCAGAAGCAGGUGUCUGUACUCAGGCAGAACCAGGUGGAGUUUGAGGGCCUCAAGCAUGAGAUCAAGCGUCUGGAGGAGGAGACCGAGUACCUCAACAGCCAGCUGGAGGACGCCAUCCGGCUCAAGGAGAUCUCGGAGCGGCAGCUGGAGGAGGCGCUGGAGACGCUGAAGACGGAGCGGGAGCAGAAGAACAGCCUGCGCAAGGAGCUGUCGCAUUACAUGAGCAUCAACGACUCCCUCUACACCAGCCACCUGCACGUUUCUCUGGAUGGCCUCAAGCUCAGCGAGGACGCCGAGGCCCUGGCCAACGGCUUUGAGCACGGCUGCCUGGCCAAGCUGCCCCUGGACAACAAGACCUCCACGCCCUCCAAGGACGGCCUGGCCCCGCCCUGCCCCGGCCUCGUGUCCGACCUCCUCAGCGAGCUCAACCUCUCGGAGGUCCAGAAGCUGACGCAGCAGCUGGUGCAGAUGGAGCGGGAGAAGGCGGGCCUGCUAGCAACCCUGCAGGACGCACAGAAGCAGCUGGAGCAGGCUCGAGGGGCCCUGUCGGAGCAGCGGGAGGAGGUGAGCCGCCUCACUGAGAGCCUGAGUGCUCUGCAGCGCCUGCAGGCUGGCAAGGAGCGACGCACAGCCCUGGACAGUGAGAAGGAGCGCGACAGCCAUGAGGAUGGCGACUACUACGAAGUGGACAUCAACGGGCCUGAGAUCCUGGCCUGCAAGUACCGUGUGGCCCUGGCAGAGGCCGGCGAGCUCCGGGAGCAGCUGAAGGCCCUACGCAGCGCACACGAGGCCAGUGAGGCUCAGCAUGCUGAGGAGAAGGGCCGCCAUGAGGCCGAGAGCCAGGUGCUCGCCGAGAAGGUGUCUCUGCUGGAGAAGGCCAGCGGCCAGGACCGCGAGCUGCUGGCCCGGCUGCAGACAGAGCUGAAGAAGGUCAGUGACGUCGCGGGUGAGACUCAGGGCAGCCUGAGUGUGGCCCAGGAUGAGCUGGUGACCUUCAGUGAGGAGCUGGCCAGCCUCUACCACCACGUGUGCAUGUGCAACAACGAGACGCCCACCCGUGUCGUGCUGGACUACUACCGAGAGGGCCCAGCUGGCGCAGGCCACUGCAGUCCCGAAGCCCACGGACACCGCUCACCAGUCCUGUCCAAGGGGCCACUGGCUGCAGAGGGCGGGGCUGGGGACAGCAGCCUCUCACUGCCCUCACCCUUGAGUGACCCUCGCCGGGAGCCCAUGAACAUCUACAACCUGAUUGCCAUCAUCCGUGACCAGAUCAGGCACCUGCAGGCGGCGGUGGACCGCACCACGGAGCUGUCGCGGCAGCGCCUGGCCUCCCAGGAGCUGGGCCCUGGCACAGACAAGGACCGGGAGGCGCUCAUGGAGGAGAUCCUCAAGCUCAAGUCUUUGCUCAGCACCAAGCGGGAGCAGAUCACCACCCUGCGCACCGUGCUCAAGGCCAACAAGCAGACAGCCGAGGUGGCCCUUGCCAACCUGAAGAGCAAGUACGAGAACGAGAAGGCCAUGGUGACGGAGACUAUGAUGAAGCUGCGCAACGAACUCAAGGCCCUGAAGGAGGACGCAGCCACCUUCUCCUCAUUGCGCGCCAUGUUCGCCACCAGGUGUGACGAAUACAUCACACAGCUGGAUGAGAUGCAGCGGCAGCUGGCGGCCGCCGAGGAUGAGAAGAAGACGCUCAACUCCCUGCUGCGCAUGGCCAUCCAGCAGAAGCUGGCGCUGACCCAGCGGUUGGAGCUGCUGGAGCUGGACCAUGAGCAGACCCGGCGGGGCCGUAGCAAGGCCACCCCCAAAGUCAAGUCCAGCACCCCAAGCCUGUAG